AUGCAAUCACCAGAAACUUAUCGAAGAUUGGUUGGUAAAUUGAACUUACUGGUUCACACAAGACCCGAUUUAGCCUUUGCUGUUCAACUGUUAAGUCAGUUUAUUUCUGACCCUCGAAUACCUCAUUUUGAUGCUGCUAAACAUGUUCUCAAAUACCUCAAUAAUGAUCCUAAUCAAGGUUUGUUCAUGAAUAAUAGUGAUGAUUCCACUUUACAUGCCUAUUGCGAUUCGGAUUGGGCUUCAUGUCCACAAUCUCGAACAAGUGUAAGUGGGUUUGCCAUUUUGCUUGGUGACAGUCCAAUUACAUGGAAAUCAAAGAAGCAAAUCACGGUAUCUCUUUCAUCCACAAAGGCAGAAUAUAGAAGCAUGCGUCGUGUCACUGCUGAGUUGGCCUGGUUAACUCGCUUAUUCACACAAGACCCGAUUUAG